ACGGGUAUUACGAGGAUUAGUUUUAGCUUAGGUAAGGAAAUCGUUACUUUAAGUAUAGUAAAAAUAAAGACGUACUUUAAAACGAUAACUUUUUAUAUUUUACUUAUUAAUACCCCAUUUCUCUUAUAUUUAAAAAAUAUAAAUCGACUAAGUAUUAUAUUCAAUAAUAUAAAAAAUAGAAUCUCUAGUAAUAAGUACUUCGAGAUAAUCGAACGACGAUAG